CUGUUUGGUAGGAUGGGCGGAUCCGGCUACUGACUCCGUUCACCCUCCUGUGUUACUGAGUAGUAGAACAGUAACAGACUCCUUUUGGACCAGCAGAGCAGUAAGACUCUCCCUUACAGCAGAUCUUCCUCAACUCUCUUUCCUCUCAGGGAGGAUGGCCAACGUCCAGGUGCCUGUUGUGGCCAUCGGUGCGUUUGGGGACAGUCCUGUCCAGAUGACCUGUCCUACCUGUCACCAGACCGUGGUCACUAAGGUUGACUUCUCCUCUGGUGUCCUCACCUACCUCUUCUGUGGAGGACUCUUCUUCUGUGGGUUUGUUCUGGGUUGCUGUCUCAUCCCGUUCUGUUUCGACAGGCUCAAAGACGCCAAGCACACGUGUCCCUCCUGCAAGACCAUCCUGGGGGUUUAUAAGCGCUUAUAAGCCCAUAAUAACCAGCAGGAGACUCCCGUGUCUUUUGGGAAGCUAGCUACAACAUUGUGUCUUGUCUUCUGAGACAAGUUGCUCUUCCAACACAGUCUGUUGUUUCUCUCAGCUUCCACCCAGUAGAACUGCACAGCAGGCUACCACGUGUUUGAAAGACCAAUUAGUUUAACUCAAUAGAACAAUUUAACUGUCACAGAAUGUUGUCAUUGACAGUGUUCCGUCCCAUCCAGGCCCUGUCCCUUGCUAUGCAGUUAACGGUUGCCUUGGCAACGGCAAAAAUGUACGACUUAAAUUAGAUUUAACUCAAUAGAACAAUUUAAUUGUCAUUGACAGUGUUCCAUCCCGCCCUGUCCCUUGCUAUGCAGUUCACCGCUGCCUUGGCAACGGUAAAAUAUGUGUGCCAUAGAAAUAGACAACAUAGAAUGUGAGUAUUCAUGGUUGUUGUAUGAUCUGUAAGUUAUAUUACUAUAAUUGUCUCAAUGCAGCACUGUGAGUCUUUCUGAUUGAGUACUGUACUGGUUUGUUAGGAAUAAACUGAAGCCCUGAAAAAUACAAUCAUUUCACAACCGCUAAAA